AUGUCGGGCAUCGAGAGCGACGUCAGCCCGGUCGCAGGUAGCAGCAGUACCGCGCCAACCCGCACGACGGUCCAGCACCAGCAGCUGCCACCACGGCCCAAGCUCGUCCUCACCUAUCCGUCGGCCGAGGUUCGCACCCGACCGUCCUCCUCCCGCAGCAAGGAUGAUGAGGAGUACGUCCCAUACGAGCUGUCCGGUCUCACUCCGCUAUCCACUCACGAGGAGGGCGAGGACUGGGUGUCGAUCAUCAGCGCCCCGGCCCACGCGCCCAUCGAAAGCUGGCUACACGUCAUGCAGUCGCUCAUACGGCAUCCCGAGCGCACAUCGAGCAACAUCCUUCGCGCCGGCAUUGUCGCCGAAACCAAUGAGGACGCUUCCACAGCAACUUUGAGGGGAAAGGGCUGGAAGAAGCAAUGGACAAUACGCCGAGAGCUCGUUCCGCGAAGACCCAAUCUAGACUGGAGGAUGGAGCAGGACUGCUCGUUGUUCUACCGCUACUCGCUCGAUGAGGAGCACGAGGAUGAGCCGGUGGAGGCGGUGAUCGUCUAUACGCCAUUGAUUGGAGACACGUCGCACGCCAAGAUAGGGCUUUCCGACAGCAACACGCUCCGGGGUCAACCGCCAUCCAACGAAGCGCUGAUUCCGUUCUACCAUCCCAAAGUGCGCGCGUUAGCCUUUCACUUCCACCCCUCGUCCCACCCCACCCCUCUCCCGACCGACUCCAACGAUGGCGAACCGACCUUCGGCACGCUCAGCAUCUCUCUCAUCCCCUUUUCCCCCUCACCCCCCGCCUUCUCCCCAACCCACCGCCUCACCCGCGUCGCCCACUCCCUCUUAACCACCCUUCACAUGCACACCUGGGGCCAUCGGCACGACUACACCAAACGCGUCCAUCACGAUACGCUCGUCCCGCGCACGCUCUACCAGGACACCUACCUCGCGCUCAAGGUGCGCUAUGCUGGUGAGCUUAUCGCGGGAUGGGCGGAAGCGACGGAUCCGCGCAAGCACGUGUUUGAAGAGAUGGGCAUUGCUGCGUUUUUGAUUGGGUUGUGGUCUCUCCACUAUGGUGGGGAGGAAGGGUGGAAGGGCAAGGUGAGGUUUGUCGAUGUAGGGUGUGGCAAUGGGUUGCUGACGUAUAUUCUGAUGCGCGAAGGUUUCCAAGGGAUAGGAUUGGAUUUGAGAAAGAGAAAGAGCUGGGCGAACUUCACCGCUCAAGGCGCACGACUGGAAGAAUGGAACUUCAACCCAAGUUCACUGCUCACCGAGUCAGCGGAGCAGUGGAAAGGCGCAUGGUUGUUGGGCAACCACGCCGAUCAGUUGACACCAUGGAUUCCCGUCUUGGCGACCCACUGUGGAGCACAAGGAUUCAUCAAUUUGCCCUGCUGCUACUACGCGCUGGAUGGGAGCAGGAAUUUCGACCUGACGUUGCGCGGAGAUGUGUCGCGCAACGAGCAGUACCUGGCGUACGUGAGGAGGAUCCAGGAGAGGUUCGCGUGGAAGGUCGAGCUGGAUCCGCUUCGAAUCCCGAGUACGAAGAACUGGUGCUUUGUGGGCAGGACGCGGGAGAAGGUGGACGAGGAGGUGUUGAGGGAAAGAGUCAAGACGGCGGUGGAAGAAGCCUUGCGGACGGGUUGGGCUGUCGGUGAUCCAACAACCACUUGA